AUGAUUAACGAAGCAGCCCGGGACAAAGAUAAUGUUACCUCACUUAAGAGCGUUAAGCCCGAAACAAGAACGGCCGCUGCGACGCUGAUCGCUACGCGACCAGCGUCACCGCCGUUCCAAAGCUUGGCCAAAAACCGGCUCUUAGAGACUUGCAAACAGGAAACUGAGUUACAUCCAUGUUCUUCAUUGGAAUCACUAGAGUCUCUACGGCAUACGCCAGAACCGAUAGAGGCGUCGUUCUUGACGGCAAACGGGCCCAGAAAAUACAUUACUAACGAUUUCUCGCCCUAUGGCAGCCGAUCCCAAACCCAGAGCCCCGUGGCUAGUUCUAGGGUCCGUCAUACCUGUACAACGUCAUUUUUGAAACCCCGUAAACAGUAUUCAGGGUUCCAAAUUUCCGGGUAUAAGAAAAAUCACGUGCACGUCGUCUUACAAACCGUGGAUUUGCCUGUACAAGGCUGCGAAAGCUCGUGUAUUCCGCAUUUGACUGGAUUUUUCACCAUCAAGGGUCUCACGGAGCACCAGCCUGAGAUCACCACUUUUUUCGAAGGGUUUGCGGCCACCUCCAAUUGUGGGUUCUUGUCCGCGGAUAUGCCUUCAGAACUCAAGGAUUUGAUGGCCAAAGACUCCAUAGACAUGGAGCACUGGCUCAAUUUCCCCAGUUUCAAAGAAAUGUGUCGCGACGAAAAAACUCUGUCGUCGAUCGCAGACGGCACAUAUGUGCAUUCUGAAUAUCUCGAAAAAAGAUACAUUUACAUGCGUUGGAAGGAAAGAUUUUUGGUCCCGGACGCAGAGCUUGAUUCAGUGGAGGGUGCUUCGUACGAGGGAUUUUACUAUAUCGUCCACGAUCAGCUGACCGGCGAAGUUCUGGGAUUCUACUAUCACGAAGAUGCAGAACGUUUCCAGAGACUGGAACUAACGCCCGUCAAAGACAUGUCAGGAGGUAGCUGUGGGUUUGAAUUCAACUAA